GGAGAAAUGAACGGCCCGGAUUAAAGUCCAUCCCACUUCAUGUUUAUAAAGCCCCGUUAAACAGCGAAAACCUAACACUGCUGAAACCUACACCGUGACUACGCCUCGCGGCUCAUCUCGAAUCCAUGGGGGCUUACAAGUAUGUGUCGGAGCUAUGGAGAAAGAAGCAAUCCGAUGUGAUGAGGUUCCUGCAGAGGGUGAGGUGUUGGGAGUACCGCCAGCACCCUUCCAUUGUUCGUGUUACCCACCCGACUCGCCCUGACAAGGCUCGCCGCUUGGGUUACAAGGCAAAGCAGGGUUAUGUGGUCUAUCGUGUUCGUGUUAGGCGUGGUGGUCGGAAGAGGCCUGUUCCCAAAGGUAUUGUGUAUGGAAAGCCCACAAACCAGGGUGUUACUCAACUGAAGUUUCAGCGCAGCAAGAGGUCAGUUGCAGAGGAACGUGCUGGUCGGAAGUUGGGAGGUCUCAGGGUUCUGAACUCGUACUGGCUUAACGAGGAUUCUACUUACAAGUACUAUGAGGUGAUUCUGGUUGAUGUUGCUCAUAAUGCAGUCCGAAAUGACCCAAGAAUCAACUGGAUCUGCAAUCCUGUUCACAAGCACAGGGAGCUUCGUGGUCUUACUUCUGCUGGGAAGAAAUACAGGGGAUUGCGUGGAAAGGGACACCGCCACCACAAGCAACGUCCUUCUCGCAGGGCAAACUGGAAGAGAAACAACACUCUUUCACUUCGUCGCUAUCGUUGAUUUUGGCUAUGUCACAUUAUGUUUAUCAUUUUAUGGUCAUUCGUACGGAGGGAACAUUAGUGGUUAUUUGGAAUUGAAAUUUUGGAGAUCCUGAUACUUAUUAUGUUUUACUUUAAAAAUUUUCCAAGAUGAUGUCUUUGAGC